AUGGAGGAAGAGAGAAUAUUACGUGUACUUUGUGAUUAUUAUGAAACUGAUCAUUUGUGUUUGCCCGUUCGAAAUAUCGGAGAUGAUCUUCCUAAGGAAAUAAUUUCAUUUUAUAAUAAGUUGGUCGGAAUGUUGAAGUCUGUUGAUGAUGAAGGACCAAACGGGCAAAACGCGAAGAAAAAGAAAAGGCGAUCUAAAAACGAUAAGCCGAAAUUUCCACAGUUAGGUUCAGCUUCACAAGUGACAUCAGUGUCACCUUCUCAAGUGACAGUUGCAUCUGAGGCGCCGAAUUCUUCAGACAAUAUAGAAGAAGCAUUACAU